UUACCCUAUUUAUUUUAAGCACUGAACAGUUGGUCAUGCCCCUCUGAUUCAUACACACGAGAUGCUUUACCAACGAUGUUGAAAUGUCUGAACUUGCUGAAGACCUGAAGUAGCUAAUUCAGUAAUUGGUAAACUUUGUUCUGCAUUUGUGAUUUGUCCAUCUGGUUAUCUCUUAUUUGAUACUAGUUACUAGGUACUCAUUACUUAAUUUAAUAGUUAAUACCUACUCUUUGAAUAGACAUGGAUGUUGGUGAGCUUCUUUCAUAUAAGCCUCAAACAAGUUUGAAGCAUGGGCUUGAAGAUGAAGAAGAAGCCCAACCACCCAGUAAGAAUAGCCUCAUCACUAGCAGUGGAUUAGGAAAUGCUAGAAAGAAAAGCAGACUAACAGGCUUGCAGCGUAGCUCCAUGAGCAGCAGUCACAGCAGAGCUGCUAUGAUUCCCCCCACCCCUUACAUCCCCCCACCCACCCCACCUCGAAGUAUAUCACACCCCCAGCAUCCACAGGCGGGAAAGGGCAAACCUGUUACAGAAGUGCCAGAGCCCAGUCUGCCUGACGCUGCAGAGGGCGUUGACUUGGCCCUGCAAGCGUUGGAGGAACCCACUCCUGAGGAGGACGCAGGUCCCAUGGAUGAGGCCAGGCUGAAGAAACUCAUCCUGAGCUUUGACAAAAAGAUGCUCAAAAACCAGGAGCUGAGGAUCAAGUUCCCAGAUGAUCCCCGGAAGUUUAUGGAGUCAGAGCUGGAGCUGCACGACGCCAUAGAAGAGCUGCACGCUAUCAGCGUAGCGCCGCAACUUUACCCGCUGCUGCGGCCCAUGGCCGUGCCACACAGCCUCCUCGCCCUCGUCGCCCACGACAACACAGACAUCGCCGCUGCCGUGCUCGACCUCCUGCAGGAGAUGACGACGCUGGAGGGCGUGGAGGUAUCAGAAGAUGAGGAGGAGGGACUUGAGGCGCUGGUGGACGGGCUAGUGGAGGAAGACGUCGUGGCGAUCAUCGUGCAAAACUUGCACCGCCUCGACGACCAGGGCGUGGCUGGUGCCAAUGCCUUGUCUGCUGCCACGACGCCUGAGGCUCAGGCCGUACAUAACACCCUGGGUCUACUGGAAAACCUACUAGAGUGCCGGCCCUCCCUCUGCUCCGUGGCGGCGUCGUCCGGGCUGCUGGCUUGGCUGCUCAAGCGACUACGCGCCAAACUCGUCUUCGAUCCCAACAAACUUUACGCCUCUGAAAUACUUGCCAUUUGCGUUCAAGGCUCUGAGUCUAACCGCCAGCAGCUUGGUGAGCUUGAAGGCAUAGACGUGUUGCUGCAGCAGCUUGCCGUGUACAAGCGUCACGACCCGAGCACCGCUGAGGAACAGGAGCUAAUGGAGAACCUCUUCGACGUGCUGUGCUCGUGCCUGCUGCAUGCCGGCAACAGAGAACUCUUCCUCAAAGGGGAAGGUCUGCAGCUCAUGAAUUUGAUGCUCAGAGAGAAGAAGUUGUCACGUAAUGGAGCCCUGAGAGUGCUGGAUCACGCGCUCACUGGUCCCGAGGGCGCUGAUUGCUGCAAUAAGUUUGUUGAUAUCCUUGGACUGCGCACCAUCUUUCCGUUGUUCGUCAAGACCCCCAGCAAACACGGCAAGAAAGGUCUUAGUAAAACUGAGCACGAAGGUCACGUGGUGAGCAUCAUCUACUGGCUGCUGCGCAACUGCCGCACUAACCAGAAGCAGCGGCUCAUGGCCAAGUUCCUCGAGAACGACCACGAGAAGAUCGACCGCCUCAUGGAGCUCCACUUCUCCUACCUUGAGCGAGUCAUGGCCACCGAUAGACAGCUCGAAAAACUGCAGGAUAAACAGAGUGAGAAGCUGAGUGAUGACGACAUGUACCUACGUCGUCUGGACGGGGGGCUGUUCACGCUACAGCUGCUGGACUACGUCAUGCUGUGCGUGUGCGCUCAGGGCCCGCCUAGCAUCAAGCGCAGGGUCGUCAAGAUGCUCAACCUCAGGAAUGCUUCCGUCAAGACCAUCAAGAAUAUCAUCAGAGAAUACGUGAGCAACCUCGGCGACAGCGGUAGCAUCAGCAACGCAGACGACGAGCUAUCGGAAGAGCAGCACAAAGUGCUUGAUUGGCUUGAUAAGUUCCAGAAUAUGUGAAGAGUUUCGUCAUUUUCGUACCUUAUGUUAUUGCAAUUCAUCAUUGUGCGCGUGUCAUUUUGAUUAUUAUGCCCAUUCUUUGAGCAUCCAUGUACGUAAUUCUAAUAGAUCGGGGAUCAAUCGCAUUGCAUUUGCCGAAUGAAAUAUCGUCAACUCUAUUCCAUUGUGAAUUUAAAAUUACGGUACAUCUUCAGAUUUCUCACUUGGGUUGCUUAGGGGGUUGAUGUUUUUUAUGCGUUACCCAGCGUUUCAUUUUUAAUUGUAAUUCUAUGAAAUCGUUGUAAAUAAUCAUGAUCGUUCCAUCAAUUACACCAUUAAUGAUA